AUGGUUUUUGGCAUAACAAACGAGGAAAAGGCUCAGUUGCGAGAUGCUGCUGAUCGGUUAUAUGGUCGCGAAGAAGACGAGAGAGCUUCUACUACCACAGGUUCAACAUCUGCGUAUGAAACUGCCGAAGAAGGUCAAUCAGGUGAUUUCAGAGACUCAGUUUACUCGUAUAGUGCUCUGGAAAAUGAACUGCGCACUGAGCAUCCUAUUGUUGCGCCAAAUGUUACAGGUACUCCGGUCGUGAGCCAUGCCCAUGUCCAUGAUGACGAGGAAGAAGGUGAUCAAUCAACUAUAAAAGCAAGUGAUGAUGACGGCACCCACACACCAAUUGUUCCAUCAUCUGACUCAAUUAAUCAUCCAGAGCCUCAAAUUACCAAUGAUAAAAAUGUUGCAUCUAAUCAUGGUGAUGUGCUCGAUACAGCAUCUGCAUCUGUUAUAACCGAAGAAAGUGGUCAUAACCCUACGGCUUAUGCUCCUGCUUCUGACUCCGAUAGUGAAGUAAACAGAGGAUCUCUCAGACGUAUAAGCACCACAGAUGAAGCACUUGAACACUUGGAAGAGCUUGAUGAGAAUGAAUUGAAUAAAGUAUAUUCGAUACAGAGAAUAAAGACUGGUGGUGAAGACCCAAUUGAAGGUGGCGACCCUCUCGAUAUUGUAAGAACUCUUACUCGAAAGCAUCCUGGAGACGAAGAGGGUAUUGAAGUAAAGGACUUGGAUUGGGAUCUGCCUGAUGAUCCAUUGAAUCCUCACAAUUGGCCAAAAUACAAAAAAUGGUACGUCACUUUGACUUUAGCCCUGGCUUGUUUGACUGCUUCUCUUGGAUCAUCAUUGUUUGUUUCAGGAACCUUUGAAAUGAUGCAACGAUUUGGUGCUUCUCAAACGCUUAUGAUUUCAGGAUUGACCUUUUAUAUGUUAGGUCUUGCAUUAGGUCCUGUAAUUGCAUCACCUCUUUCUGAAAUGAUUGGUCGUAAAUGGAUUUACGUUUUCUCUUUCUGUUGUGCUAUUUUGAUGGCCAUGGGAGUUGGUUUAGCAAAGAAUACUGUUACUUUACUAGUACUUCGUUUCUUUGUCGGUUACUUUAUUUCCCCAUGUCUUGCAAUUGCAGGUGGCUCCAUGUCUGAUAUGUGGAAUAAUUCACCUCCAGAUAUGUCUCUUGCUGUGGCUUUAUUCUGUCUUACGCCUUUCUUGGGUCCUGUGAUUGGACCUAUCAUUGGUGGGUUUGCUGCAGUUAACAAGGGAUGGGAAUGGUCAGCUGCUUGGAUCUUCAUGAUUUUUACCGGUUUCAACAUACCUCUUUUAAUCAUUGCUCCUGAAACUUAUAAGGUCGCUCUUUUGAAGAAGAGGCAUAUGAAGAGAGGAACUAAAAUUAUUUCCCACCUUGAUAAGGAUGUAUUACGUAAAAUGAUCGCAUUUUCAUUAAUUAGACCAUUGGAAAUGUUGGUUGUUGAACCAAUUGUGGCAUUCCUUUCCCUAUACAUUGCCUUUGUCUUUGCUGUCCUUUUUGGUUUCUUUGAAGCCUUCCCCAUCAUUUUCGUUGGCGUCUAUCAUAUAGAGCAAGAACUCCUGGGUCUUACUUUUAUUUCCAUUGGUUUAGGUUUAAUCAUUGCAAUUAUAAUGUACACCAUUUACGAUUGGUUUGUUGUUUAUCCUAAGAAUCCUGAUGGAACUAGAGGUAAACGUGAUGAAGAAGGUAAUUUUGUUUGGGACAAACCAGAAAGUAAAUUGAUUUAUGCAAAGGUUGGUGGGUUAUUGAUAGUUCCUUCAUUGUUCUGGUUAGGAUGGGCUGCAAAGAAAGAUGUGCAUUGGAUUGUUCCUGUCCUUGCAGGUUUACCAUUUGGUUUCGGUUUAAUCUGGAUUUUCUUUGGUUGUGUUCUUUACUUUUCAAUGUCCUUUCCUCCCGUUUAUGUUGCUCUGGCUUUGGCAGCUAAUAACAUGUUACGGUACAUUAUGGCAAGUGUUUUCCCUUUGUUCACCGUUCAAAUGUACGAAAAGUUGCAUAUUGGCUGGGCUAGUACAUUAUUUGGUUUCAUUGCAUUGUUAUUAGUUCCUAUUCCUUUCAUUUUCAGUAAGUGGGGUCCCCAGUUGAGAGCCACCUCUAAAUAUGGUUUUGCUUCCUACUUCAAGAAAAUUGCUGCUGAAAAAGCUGCUGCCGCUGCUGCUGCUGCUUCAAAGCAAGAACAAAAGCCAGCUACUGGGGCUGAAAGGUCACAGGAUGCCUCCGUAAACAGUGAUGGUACUGUGAAUCUGGUACAAGAAAAGGUUUAG